AUGGCUGAAAGAGAACAUAAAGACAAUAAAGUAUCGGCUCCAGAGGAUGAGAGUUCUCAUAAAGAAAAAGAAAUCAAAAAAAAUCCCGCCAUCACUUCCCAAAAAACAUCAAUGGGAAUCGAUCCUGCAGCUGAUUCAACAGCCGUGAUCCAAAAAGUUAAAGAAAUCUCAGAGAUGCACGAGGAAGCUACUACGGCUAAGAAUAAAAGUGAUAUUAAGAAACCCGCACAUGGACGAGGCAGGCAAAAAAAAGCUAAUGGCACUGGCGCAACCACUUCUACCAAUAUAGCCAUCAACGACGCUGACCAGCCUGAACAAGCUAAAGAAAUCAUCACCGUACGUCGACCAGGAAGGCCGAAAAAAAUUAAUGGCGCUGAAAUGAAUUCUCAAACUUCCGAAUCUAAAAUACCUACAAACGAAGUUGAUCAGCCGCCAAAGCAAAAAACAAAACGCGGAAGACCCAAAAAAAAAAUUGACACGAGCCCAGAACCUGUCCCGAACUUUAGUAACGGUAAACAAAAGGAACGCGAAGUCCCUUCUGAAGUUACAAAAGAAGUAAAAAAAUCAGAAGAUGGGCGAGGCAAGAGAAGAAAAUUUAAUGAAAUUGAGAAGGAGACGUCACAAGAUCAUAUACCUGAACACAAAGAAGUAGUGAUAGGUUUAAAUCAACAAGACCUUGAUAUUCGGAUUCCAGACGCGCUCAAACUCAAACUUGUAGAUGAUUGGGAGUACGUUACAAGACUUAAUAAUUACAUAAAAACUCCGAGCUCUGUGACUAUUAAUCAGAUUCUUGAUAAAUGGAUGACACAUCAACGUUUCGAAGAUUGCUCCAUUCAUAGCACUUCGAAUAUUGGCGAAGAUAUGAUAACGGCUUCUAAAGAUGAUAAUAAUGAUGCCGAGAGAACGGCUUCCAAAUACCACGUUAACGGUAAUAUCGAGACUGUGUGCAAUGCUCAAACAGACGAAGUCGUAGAGAAUAAUCAAAAUCUAUUAUCGGCCGAUGAUGCUAUGCCAUUAUUGGAAAAUAAUGAUAUCUACCACCGAGUCGUUGCUGGUCUAAAGAGCAACUUCGAGUGUGCCGUAAAUUACGAUCUUUUAUAUAACGUGGAAAAACCUUAUUUGGUUGACCUCAAAGAAAAUUACUCCGGCAUUGAAUUGUGCGAUGUUUAUGGCGCGGAACAUUUGCUGCGUCUUAUUGUUAAACUGCCGUGCUAUUUAGCGUAUUCGGAUAUUGAUCGUGAAUCCGCUCGAGAACUAAAAGUUCGGUGCGAUCAAAUAAUGACGUUUUUAAUUAAAAACGUCGAUGAGUUUUUCCUCCCUCCACCUUCCUCUCUAACUACAGCAGUAACAAGUAGCCCUGCCAAAAAACAAAGAAAUAGCAUGAACAACAAUAAAGAAGGUGUAGAGUGCGCAAAUUGCAGCACAACCACCACCGCGGUAUGGCGAGCUGGGCCCACCCAAGAUCAGAUCUUGUGUAAUGCAUGUGGCCUCUACUACAGCAAAAAUAAGCAACAUAGGCCUGAACGAUUAUGGAAGCAUUAA